CACCACAUAUCCAAUAAGAAUAUGCGACCAACAAAAUUUUUUUUAUUCUUUUUUACAGAUUCUUCUUUUUCAGUUUUUCUCCUCUCUCUCUCUCUCUCAAGUCUCAGCUUUGAUUGCGAUUACGAGCGUACAUGCAUGCUGUUCCAUCAAACACCAAUCUCUCAUGGCCACGUUCUUGUUAUCUGACCUUGCCGGAGAUCCCCUUUCUCCCGGCCGUGCCUCGGCAGAGCUCGUCGUAAGAUGAUCUGAAGUUCAACCUUUCUCGACCGGCACGUGGGGCUUCUGCUUUAAUUCCUCCAUACAUCUAUCAUUUUCUCUUUCUUGUCCCCACGGCACUUAAGUCCGGCGAUUUCCUGUCAGAACAUGUCAAUUGUCGUCAGAUYCCGCUGACGCUACUCUUACACAUUAUUGAAGUUUCUGGUGACAUUCCUCGGGCGUUCUUUCUUUGCGUUAUUGUUGCGCCUUUUCUUUCCCGAACAUCAGGUCAGAACUCAAGAAACCCAAUCAAAUUGCUUUCUUUUUGUUUGUGUUGAAUUCUUCGUUUCAAUUCUGCUUGGACCUGAAAGGGUUUACAUUUGUCCUCCGACGAAAUUAGGUCAAAGGGAAUUUUUUUUCCUUUGUCAUUUCCUUCCAUCUGUUACUCGUUUUGAUGGAAUCACUUUGAGGAUUAUAACCUGUUCCGCCCUGGAAAUCUUUAAAUCUUCCAAUCCCUUCUUUGUGCUUUUAGUCGAAUUCUUUCUCUUCAUUUACAUCUGGGUUUGGAAUUUGGAAAUGACAAAUGGAUAGAAUGAAGAUCAUCUGAAUUUUCAGAUUUGAUUAGGCCUCUUUUCUUUUUAUCUCAAGCGGCUUCAAAAUUGGUUAAUUCGUCUUCUUUAAUGCCGUUAAGGCUCGUAAUUUUGGCUUGGAAGAGUUCCAUGUCGGUUCUAUCUUUCUAUUUUAUGCUAUUCGAUUUGGAUCUCGAACUUCAACUUCGUCGUUGAAAACUGAGAACUUCACAAAAAUCAGGUUUUGUUCUCUUCUUUGAGGGGGAGUUUUGAGGAAUGUCUGGGGCGGGACAGGCAGUCAAACACGUAGAUUUUUCAAAAAUGGAGACGAAGAAGACAUCUGAAGAUGAACAGCGUUCAGGUUGUUGCAAUCCUGUCAAGACGUCAGGGCCUGUGUCCAUGGAUCAUGUCCUUCUAGCACUGCGUGAAACCAAGGAAGAGAGGGAGCUGAGGAUCCGCAGUCUUUUUAAUUUCUUCGAUGCUGCGAAUGUCGGAUAUUUGGACUAUGCACAGAUUGAGGCAGGCCUUUCUGCACUACAGAUACCUGCGGAAUAUAAAUACGGAAAGGAUCUUUUAAAAGUCUGUGAUGCAAAUAGAGAUGGCCGGGUUGAUUACCAAGAGUUCCGACGGUAUAUGGAUGACAAGGAACUUGAGCUUUAUCGCAUCUUUCAGGCCAUUGAUGUUGAGCAUAAUGGUUGCAUUCUACCAGAAGAGCUCUGGGACGCCCUUGUCAGAGCAGGGAUUGAAAUUGAUGAUGAAGAACUUGCCCGUUUUGUGGAACAUGUGGACAAGGAUAACAAUGGAAUUAUAACAUUUGAAGAAUGGAGAGAUUUCCUUCUACUCUAUCCCCAUGAGGCUACCAUUGAGAACAUUUAUCAUUACCUGGAGAGGGUAUGCCUUGUAGAUAUUGGGGAGCAGGCUGCUAUUCCAGAAGGCAUCAGCAAGCAUGUCCAUGCAAGCAAAUAUUUAAUAGCAGGAGGUGUUGCAGGAGCAACAUCCCGUACUGCAACGGCUCCACUUGAUCGCCUAAAGGUAGUUUUGCAAGUCCAGACAAAAUGUACUCGCCUUAUGCCUGCCAUAAAGGACAUAUGGCGGGAAGGUGGCUUUCUUGGAUUUUUCCGAGGGAAUGGACUAAAUGUUCUGAAGGUAGCACCUGAAAGUGCUAUAAGGUUUUACACUUAUGAAAUGUUGAAGAAUUUGAUUGUCAAUGCUAAAGGGGAGGAUAAAGGUGAUAUUGGUACUUCUGGGCGCCUUGUUGCUGGUGGUAUUGCGGGUGCUGUUGCACAGACUGCUAUUUACCCAAUGGAUCUUGUAAAAACUCGAUUGCAGACUUAUGCUUGUGAAGGUGGAAAAGUUCCUAAACUUCGAGCUUUGACGAAAGACAUAUGGAUUCAAGAAGGACCUCGAGCCUUCUAUAGAGGUGUUGUCCCAUCUCUUCUUGGAAUUAUUCCUUAUGCAGGCAUAGACCUUGCCGCAUAUGAGACCUUGAAAGAUAUGUCAAGAACAUAUGUUCUCCACGAUAAUGAACCUGGCCCUCUUGUACAACUUGGAUGUGGGACAAUUUCAGGAGCUCUUGGAGCAACAUGUGUUUACCCAUUACAGGUCAUCAGAACAAGAAUGCAAGCUCAGCGGUAUGCAACUGCUGCUUACAAAGGAAUGUCAGAUGUAUUUUGGAGAACCUUCAAGCAUGAAGGUUUUAGAGGAUUCUACAAAGGAAUCUUUCCAAAUCUGCUCAAGGUUGUGCCAUCUGCAAGCAUUACAUAUCUUGUUUAUGAAACCAUGAAAAAGAGUCUUGAUCUUGAGUAGUGUAAGGAUGGCUUUUCCUGAUGGCUACCAUGAUUGAGAAAGCUGGCUUCAGAGUUGAUAAUGAUGGUGGUAGUGAAACCGAUGGUGAUGAUAACAAGAAAAAUGUUAUUAAUGGGGUAGGCAAUGGGAUUGUUUCAGUUAAUAUGACAAGAUGAUACUCCCCCUUUCACAAUACAAGGUGCAUUAUUGUAUAGUCAAAGUUUUUGCAAUCAUGUUUGAACUAACUACAGAGUUUCCUCAAGUUAUGACACCUGACUUCCAGGUACUAGUUGCAGAUGAUCGAAUCGGUAGAUUUAGAAGUUCUUUUGCAAGGACAAAAUUGGAUUGUCCUGACUAGUGAGGUCAUUCACUUGAGCUCAUCAAAUACUCUACUACACCAUUAGUUUAUGAUAAGUUGAUCACACGGGGAGGUGGAGGAAAAAAUGGAACAGGCUUUCACUAACACUCUUAUUAUGCAGCUCAACCUGAUAAAUUGUGUCGGCAAACAAAAUUAUAUAUGUUCUUUUGGAGUUAGUUAUUAACAUGUUGAUUUUGAAGCCUUUUUCCUCUCAA